AUGGGUUUCCUCAUAGGGGGCUCUUGCUUCGCCCCAUCUCCUCCUCUCCAUUCUCGAUUCUUCCCAUCUUCUUCUUCUCCAUCGCAGUUGCUUUGCUCCAGCAAUGUCGCCAAGUUCAAGCGUCGCCGACCACCAUCCGCUUCACUACGCCGCGAAGAUGCAAACGGCGAAGAUGCUUCCGUCAAGAGAAGAGCUUUUAUACUUGUGGGUGUCUCCGUUCUUCCGUUUUUGCAGUUUCAAUCGCCGGCUAUGGCAGACGAAAGAGACAGUGAGAUAAAGACGUCAAAGCUUAAUCAAGAAGCUGAGGUUGCAGUUAGUGAAGGAACGUCUCCAAAUCCAUUUCUGUCUCUCUUAAAUGGUCUUGGAAUUUUUAGUGCUGGUGUUCUUGGUGCACUCUAUGCACUUGCUCGGAAGGAUACAGCAAUGGCUGAAGAAACCAUCGAAUCUCUAAAGAACCAGUUGAGAGACAGAGAAAGAGCAUUAGUUUUGAAGGAGAAAGACUUUGAAGCAAGACUGAAGCGUGAGCAGGAAGAGCGUAACAAGGAACAAAAAAAGGCCAAAGAGGAACAAUUAUCAUUGAUCAACCAGCUGAAUUCUGCAAAAGAAAUGGUGACUGAAUUAGGCCUAGAGCUAAGCAGCGAGAAGAGAGCACGUGAGGAGCUAAGAGUUCAAGUAGAGAGUCUGCAAAUUAGUCUGUCAAAGGCUGAUGAAAACAAGAAGGCACUAGAGACAGAGCUCAGAGAAAAGGUUGAUUUGAUUGAAGGGCUACAAGAUCGGAUCAACUUGCUUAGUUUGGAGCUGAAGGAUAGUGAAGAAAAAGCUCAGCGUAUUAGUGCAUCGCUGGGGGAAAAAGAAGCAGAGCUGAAGAAACUCAACUCUACUUACACUCAAACUAGCCGAGAUCUUGCUGAAGCAAAAUUAGAAAUCAAACAGCUGAAGGAAGAGCUCACAAGAAACCAGACUGAACUGGACUCGAAGAAUGCGGCUAUCGAGGAGUUAAACACCAGAGCAAUCACUUUAGUGGCUGAGAAAGAGAGUUAUAUCAAGAAGCUUGAUGAUGUUUCAAAAGACUACAGCGCUUUGAAACUGACUUCUGAAACGCAAGCAGCUGCUGAUGCAGAAGUCAUAAGCAGGAAAGAGGAGGAGAUUCAGCAGCUAAAGGAAAAGCUGGAUGUUGCGCUAAACGAUGUAAAUGAGAAUCAAGAAAAAGUUAUUGACUUGACAGAGAAGUACGAAGACUCGAAGAGACUGCUUGAUAUAGAACUGAGUAAUGUACAAAAUUUGAGGCAUGAACUUGCAGGAACAAGGAAAACACUUCAGGCAUCUAGAGAUCGGGUGUCUGACCUGGAAACGCUGCUUGAUGAGUCAAGAGCUUUGUGUUCGAAGUUUGAAUCAGAGCUUUCUGGAGUUCACGCUGAAUCGAAAAAGGCUAAGGAAAGAUAUGAGAGGAACCUUGAUGAGGCCAACAGAAAAAGUGAGAUUCUGGCUGGGGAACUCGCAGUGGAGAAAGAUCUUUUGAAGAAAGCUAGAGAAGAGCUUGUGGGACUGACCAAUGAACUCGAAGAGUCUACUGUUAAGAACAAGAGCCUCCAGAAGGAACUAGUGGAGAUUUACAAGAAAGCUGAAACCACUAACAAGGAAUUGGAAGAAGAGAAGAAGACUGUUUUGGCGUUGAACAAAGAGGUGAAAGCAAUGGAGAAGCAGAUGUUGAAGGACAGGGAGGCGAGGAAAUCCCUUGAAACAGACCUCGAAGAAGCAGUCAAGUCCUUAGAUGAGAUGAACAAGAACGCAUCGAUACUGUCACGAGAGCUUGAGAAGGUGAAUACCAAUGUCUCGAGCUUGGAGGACGAGAAAGAAGUGCUUCAGAGAUCACUAGAAGAGGCAAAGAACGCGUCGAAAGAAGCUAAGGAAAACGUGGAAGACGCACAUAGCCUUGUGAUUAAUCUAGGAAAAGAGAGGGAAGUGUUAGAGAAGAAAGUGAAGAAGCUCGAGGAGGACUUGGGCUCUGCAAAGGGAGAGAUACUGCGCAUGAGGAGCAAACCGAACUCUGUAAAAGCUGUUAAAAGUACAGACGAGAGUGACAAAGAGAAGAGCGACGAUAAGGUUACUGUGAAGAAAGUUGUCAGGAGGAGAAAGAGCAGUACAAGUUCUUGA